CCGCCGCCUCCUUCCUCCUCGCCCGCGUCGCCGUCCCAUGCUCCGACCCUCGGCGACAUGAGCAGCGCCGCAGCCCAGCGGGGCCGCAAGCGCCGACGCGACCAUGCUCACGAGGGCGCCUCCUCGACUCGCCGCCGCCUCGGUCCCAGCCACUUCCCCGCCGCCAGGUCCUUUGGCCUCCGCGUUGCGCUAGCCACCGCCCCCCACCGCCGCCGCCGCAAGCGCCGCGUUGACGGCGCCCGCCACCCCGUCUCCACUCCCCGUCGCGGCCGCGGCCGCAGCAGCCUUCUUCCCAGGGUCAGGCACUUCCCUGGUCUUCGCCCAUUCGCCCUCUGCUUCCUCCUCACGACCGGCGCAUCAGCCCCUCGCCGCCGCCGGAAGCCCGCUGCGGUAGACAUGGGCAACUACAUCUCGCGGUUGGGGAAGAGGACCAGCGACGGUGGCUUGGGAGCGUACAAGGAGCGUAUCUAUGGGUCCCCGGAAGUGGGCGACCUCACGGUGGAGCCGGAGUUUGAACCGGAGAAGGUCGACGUCGUGAGGAGGGGAAUUGGCGAUUGGAGCGUGCCUGCACUGGAAUUGUCGACUCCGCCGCAGAAGAGGGCGCCUUACUGCAACGAGACGUUCGAUUUGACGAAGAGGCGUGACAGAAGAUUGCAGGAGACAGGAUGCGAGGUGAAGCUUCAGGAGCGCAAGCUUGCCGAGCUCCCGGGUGUGCUGGCAUACAGGCCAAAGGAGGAUCUAUCUGAACUAUUUACACCUCUAACUGACGAAGACGAAAGAGAAGUUAACACUAUUUUGCAUCAUAGUGAUCACAGUGACAAAAUCAUAGUGAUGCAUGAGCCUUCUAACAUCGAGAUUACUAAACAGAAACUUCAGUGCUUGAGACCUCGUGGUUGGUUAAAUGACGAGGUCAUCAAUCUGUACAUUGAAUUAUUAAAGGAGAGGGCAGAAAGGGAACCCGAAAGGUUUUUAAAAUGCCAUUUCUUCAAUACGUUCUUUUACAAGAAGCUUACUUGCGGAAUAGCCGGUUAUGACUAUCAGUCUGUUAGAAGAUGGACAACCUUCAAGAAGUUGGGCUAUGGACUUAUCGAGUGUGAGAAAAUCUUUGUUCCAGUACAUAGAGAUAUACAUUGGUGCCUGGCAGUUAUAAACAUGAAGGAUAAAACUUUCCAAUAUCUUGAUUCUCUUGGUUGUUUGGGUCAUGAUGUCCUGAGAGUACUGGCUAGAUAUAUCAUGGACGAAUUGAAGGACAAGAGUAACGUAGUGAUAGACACUAGUUCUUGGGUGGAAGUAUCAGAUUUUCUCCCUUCACAGCAGAAUGGGUGGGAUUGUGGUAUGUUUAUGCUUAAGUUCAUGGAUUUCCAUAACAGAGGUCUCAAACCAUCUUUCAGUCAGGAACACAUGAUGUAUUUCAGAAAACGAACAGCAAAAGAGAUCAUGAGAUUAAGAGCUGACUGAAGAAAAACCUUUUUAUGGUCAACAUUCUUGGAUAUUUUCUCAAGUCAGGUAUUCUUCUUGCAUUAUGCUGGCAAAGGUAUUUGCCUUCCCGUGAAAUACUAGAGAUGUGAUUAUAAGCUGUUGGUGUAAAAUCAUGUCCAUGUCACCAACAACUUUGCAGGUAUAUAUUAUCUAGGACCUGAUUUUUAUAGAGUAGGGAGAAAGGGAAAAGAGAAGUAGGGUAAGAUAAAAAUCUGUUAUACAUGGUUAGCCAAAAGGUAGUAUUUUAGAAACAGUUCGACUCGGUGGUCACAACCAUGUAAUAAUAGCAAUUGGAAC